AUGGUGAUCCCACAGGCGGGCAGCAGGGGGCGCGUGGCCGGCGAGCUGGUGGAGCGGAGGAACAGUCCGAGCGAGGACAAGAAGCAGACGCUGCUGGCACUGCUGAUCUUGGUGCUGUACCUGUGCACUGGCAUGACAGGAAGAAGCUGGGAUGCGUCCGAGAGAAUCCGAGGAUGUAACCUCGCCCAGAGCUCUGCUGCCUCCCCGGGCCUGAACUACCCGGCCAGCGAGCCCCGGGAGCAGCCCAUGAAGGCCCUGCGGCGGUGGCUGAAGGAGAGCCUGCAGGUGCUCCUGGAGCGGCUGGAGGGGGAGGUGCGGGAGCUGGAGCGGCUGGUGCGCGACCUGGAGGGCUGGCUGGACGCCCUGCUGGGGGAGCCCCCUGAGACCUGCUCCAGCCUCCGGAACCACGCGUGA